AUGAUACAAAAGCAUAAUGUAUACCGGAUGACCAAGCUGUUUCAGAAGUUCCUUCAUUACGUCAAUAUGGUAGAGGAAAAAGAUGCAUCUAAUUAUAAAGCAUCUCGUCUUAAAACGAGGUUAAAAGUUGACUACCCACAACUGGUAUUCUUUGCCCCUUCUAAAUGCACACAAAGUGAACUUGUUUAUGUUGAAGCGGUCUCUGCCGGUGAAGUCUUAGAUAAUUUACCUGAUUCUGCAAGUAAUUCUGGGUCUGAAUAUGAGUUGUAUGAUGAAGAAGAUAAUCAACAGACAAAUUGUCAACAACAGUCUUCUUUUCAAGUUGAAAAUAACAUGCACUUGCUUUAUAGCGGAGCCAUGCUCCUGGAAACAUUAAUCAAAGGUGCUCCGGAGUUUGAUGCACCUUGCCCUCCAACAUCUUAUGACAUUACUCUAGAGAGUGCAAGGAAAAUGGUCCCAAUUCCACUGUAUAAUUUCUUAGCAUGGGUAUUAGGCAUGACUGAUGAUCCAGGAUUUGAUGACUAUGCAAAAGUAACGGCAGAAGAGAAUGCCAAAUUGCUCUCCCUGGCACAAGAUAUUAUUUAUGUUUCACAUGCUGGUCGGAAACCAACACCUAAACAUUUGGCUCUCAGCAUGACAAUUCGCCAGAUGACAGGAUCUUCCUGACUGCUGAAGAUUAUCCAUGGAUUCGGGCAUUGUGCAUCUCAUUCAACCACACUGAGGCAUGACACAGCUCUUGCAGAAUUAAAUCUGCAAAGUUCAACAGUGGUGCCUAAAGAAAUUCUUCCAAACAAGCAUACAACACUAAUUUGGGAUAAUGAUGACUUUCAGGAAGAAUCUAAAUCAUCUACGCACAUUACUAAUGGAAUUGCGGUACAAAGAGCUUUGAAUGAGGAUGUAAUUACUAUUCCGCCAUUAGUAAAGACGAGAAGAAAAAGCUUAGAUGAUCCAUGCUGUGAAUUGAUGCCAUAUUCAAUAGGAAAGAAAAAGUCCAUUGAUGUGUUAGAGCAGUGUUCUGAUCUUGAAUUUGAAGAAGAGUGUCAUUCUACUCAUCAGAUAUCUGCAAAUAAACUGGAUUUGGUAUACUGCCUUUUAAAGCUAUCCUUCAUUGAUAAUUCAGAGCUUCUUCCUGAUUGGACAGGAUUCAACACACUGCUAUCAAGAAACGAUACUUCAGCUUUAAAUUUGUCAAGAAUAGGUUACCUACCAGUUAUUGAAGGAUCUCCAACACAGUACACAACAGUUUACACAGUUUUCGUAAAGAGCUUAGAAAUAGCUGCCAAGUUAAAUCUUGAGUAUGUAGUUCUUGUGUUUGAUGAGGCCAUAUAUGCAAAGGCCCAACAGAUUCGCUGGAAGAAUGAAAGUUUCAUGGUCAAAACUAUUUUGCGUCUUGGUGAUUUCCAUGCAGUGAUGAGCUUUUGUGGAGCGAUAUCAAGGAUCUUUCAAGAUGCAGGUUUAAGGGUAUGUAUAUUAUAAGCCAAUGCAUGUGCACAUGAGUGUGUAUCCAUUUAAUACUUGUAUGUUGUUGUUUUUCAUCAGGAUGUACUUGUAGAAUCUGGUGUUGUGGGACAAAAUACUGUUAAUGGAGUUAUGAGUGGGAAAUUCUAUAAUGGGAGUGUGAGAUGUCACAAAAUAAUGCACGAGGCUUUGGAGAUUAUCCGUUUCCAAUGUUUUAUGGACAAUUGUUCCCCAGAACGUGCAAUGUGAAAUUGAAUCAUUGUUGUGCAACAUUAGAGAUGCUUUCCUGAAUGAAGAAUUCUAUGACUACCUUGAAUCACCAGAACUGAAAGGGAUAAUUGACGAAUAUGAAACAUUCAUUGAAAUGGCAUCCAAGCAAUUUCCAACCUUCGCCCUGUGGUCUACUUACAUUGAAAUAACAGGUAUCUCUGUAUCAAUGUAUGCUAAUCUGGAUACCUUUAUGUAAAAUACACUUUUUCGAAAAUUUAAUAUAAAAGAAAGCCAAUUAUUUUCCUUUUCUAAGCUGUUUGAUUAUGAAACUCAGACACGUCUUGAAAGCAUUUGCUUGAGAAAUCAAUUUUUUUAUCUUUUCUAUCUUACAAUCCUGUAGAAUGCCAUACAUAAAAAUAGUCUUCGUUGCUACUGUACCUACAGUGGAACCCCACACUCAAGGAACAAAAACACACAUGCACUAUAUGCUACUACACUUUGACGAAUUUCUACUUUUGUUGACUACUCUAGGCUUGUUGAUGAAGUUUAUUAGAGCAACACGGGAAAGUGAUUGGAAUCUCCAUUUGUCAUCUUUACGAUCGAUGCUCCCGUUUUUCUUUGCCGCCGACAGAGUAAACUACUCUAGAUAUGCCACAGCUUACUGGCUAGAAAUGAUAACACUUGACAAAACUCACCCAGGUUAGAUACGAGUGCUAUUUUAGAUUGAUAUUUAGUAAUAUUUUAAGACCCAUUGCACCUACUGUAUACUGAUCCAUAGCAAAAUUUACAAUAUAUAAUACAUCAUUUUAGCUCAUUUGUAUGUAUACUGCAACGAGUUUAAAUAAUUCAUUUAAACUUGUUCUGUGAAGCUCAAAAUCCACAACGGCAAAACCUCUAACUUUAAGCGUGAGAAAUGCAAGGACGUGGCAAGCCAAGCUUUUGUUAUUAUAGUAUCAGUUCGCAAACACACAUUCAUGCUUCCAUUUAUACUCAGAUAUGCAAGUCCACUGUGUUUUACUGAACAGUAAAUUUAUAUUUCGCCAUGAAGGUGCUGCCAAGAAUAUUCGCGAAAACUGGACGGUUCAAAGGCAAGAUCGCUACGGUUUCUCUGCAAUUGCAUGUGAUCAGGCAAUUGAGCAAACUGCGAACAGGGACUCGAAGACCAAGGGUGGCAUGAUUGGCUUUACGCUAAAUCGUGGCGCUGUUCACAGAUGGUUCUUAUCUCAGUCCGAGAGAUCUGCUAUUGCUAGACAAUGUUUGUUAAUGACCAGUGCAACAAAUGAGUGCAGGUGUGUUGAAUGCAAAUAUGGAAAAUUAAAUAUUAUGCUGUGGAAUAAAAAGUAUACACUGCACCCUUUUUCGAGGGGUGUAUCACUUCAAAUAAGUGAAGGACAUUUUUGGUAUUUAGAAAAUGAGUAUUUUUUUCGAAGCGUAAGAGAUUUUUGAAGUGACACACCCCUCGCUCUGGCUGCAUGACUUAUGUUACCGUCUUGUGUUGUAUUAAUUUGGUAAAUUUCCAUAAAUUAUAUAGAACAAGAAAGAAUCUUGAUGAACCAAAAAGAAAGUCACACGAAGCUGACGUUCUUAGCGUUAUGAAUACGAUAGAAAACACCAUUAAUCCAUUCGAACUAGACCAAAGCGAGAUGGUGCAUAUAACAAGUGGAAUAAUUGCAAAUGACAAGGUGAAAAAUGACCUGCAAAAUGUUAAAGCGAUAGGUGAGGAGAGAUUAUCUACUUUUGUGCAGACAAAGUUACUAUUUAAAGAACCAGAUAUUUUUGCAGCAAUCCAAAAAACAAAACUGCAUACAUUUUCAUCAUUAACGAAACCUGUUUCCACGACUAAAGCUAAGGGCAAGGAAAUAUCUUUAAAGAGCUCUAGAAAUUUGAUGGGAAAACUCUUGUUAUUGGCAAGAAGUCGAGAAAUAGAUUUAAAGGAAGUUCUGUCGUUUUCAUUGGGUCCGUAUCCAUUAAGUCUUGCGACAACUGAUGGUAUCAUGGUAAAAACCGUGAAAGCAAACUUGAUGCACAUCAUCGAAGAUAUGGUAGAUGAUUCUGUCACUGAUGUUAUCCCAUCAAAUGGAGCGCUGAUCAUUGAUGCUAUGGCUAUGUUUCAAUCACUUAGUCAGGUUCCUCUCACGUUUGAAGAGCUUCCUCCGCUUCUCCUUUCUAUCCUUAUUUCUAUGGCAACACGCCUGAAUGCAACGAGAGUCGAUUUUGUUGUCGAUCGUUACCCGAAAGUGAGUAUUAAAAAUAGCGAACGCAAGAAACGAGCUUCUACAGGAAGUAACAUGUUAAAGAUUUACGGAAAAAAGCAAAAGACACCAACACAAUGGAAGAAAUUUCUCAAUAAUGGCGAAAACAAAGAAUCGUUGGCAUGCUUCGUGGUCGACGAAUGGAAGGAGAGCAAAUCCAAGAAUUUUAGAGGAAUAGUACUUUACGCAACACGAAAGAAUCAGUGCUUCAAGUUCCUCCCAUCGCAUAACGAAUCAGAGAAACCCGAAUUCGAACAGAUUCAUGAGUUACACAGUGAUCAUGAGGAAGCAGAUACGCGCUUGUUGCUUCAUGCUAAUCAUGCAUCGACCUCUGGCUAUACUCAUGUUUCUGUGAAGAGCCCGGAUACAGAUGUAUUUGUUCUUCUUGUAGCCAAAGGAAACCAUUUAACAUCUCAAAUGUAUUUUGUAACUGGAAACAACGCAAAGUCCAGAAUUAUUGACAUAACAAAGAUCGCAAGAAGUUUGGAUGACGACAUAUGUGAUUCUUUGAUCGGUCUUCAUGCAUUCACAGGUUUGGAAUAAUAAAAUUAUGUGACUGUGUCCCACUCAUGGCAAUUAAAUAUCACUUUUCGUCAUAUCCGUUUUUUAUAACAGUGUUGCUAUGAGUACGAGGGAACAAAUAAAAAUAUAUUCCCAUACGGAUGCAUUCAAAUUUGGCUUUGUCCCUAUAGGUAAACGAUUUGAUUAUGGGCACACGAUGUCGUUUUUCCGGUUUUUAUAUGUGGUUUGUUACCAAAAGAAUAGAAUUCCUGCAGCGGUUUAAUUGCCUAAAACAUCAGAAAAAGGAUGCCGUGUGCUCAUGGUUUAUUUGGGUGGUAUAAGACAUUGAACAUUUGUGCACUAAAUGAUUUAAAGCAUGUAUGUUUUAUUUAGGAUGCGAUACAACAAGCGCAUUCUAUGGGAAAGGGAAGAAAAAGACAUGGAAAUUGAUGGUGGAAAAGAAAAUGUUUGAUGGUUUUCGACAAUUAGGGUCAUGCUAUUUUCCGUCAUCCGAAACAUUCCAGCACUUAGAGAAAUUUGUUUGUGCGUUAUAUGGUCAAGAUGGAAUUAGCCACGUUAACGAGGCUCGGUAUCGUUUGUUCAAGCUCGGAAAUUUUUCUGAUGAAAAUCUACCUCCAAAUAAAGAUUGCCUAUAUCAUCAUAUCAGACGUGUAAAUUACCAAACACUUAUCUGGAAAAAGUCGUUUGACGCAGUCAUAAACGCGCCUGAUCCUGCUGAACAUGGAUGGGUUAUCAACAACGACGAAAUUGAGCUCAAAUGGAUGUCAAUUGAUGCAGCCCCAGAGGAAUUGCUUCAGUUUGUAAAUUGCGGUUGCAAAACAGGAUGCGAGUCCAAUAGAUGUGGCUGCAAACGAGCCAAUUUACAUUGUACUGAACUUUGUAAAUGUGAAAAUUGCAACAACAGAUCCCAAGACUCAGAUGAUGAAGAAGAUAUGAUCAACAGUAACUACGAGGAUGAAAACUUGAGCGAUGAUGAAUAA